ACCUCAUUGUAUGCAUUAUAAAAAUAAUUUAGGAAACUUCACGUAUUUGUGUUUUACCAAAGAGCUUUUCGAUUAAUAUACUAAACCAAUGAAAUAUGAAUCGUAUACAUAUACCUUACUGUCAGUAAGAAAUGUGAUAUAUGACAAACAAAUUAGUCAGGUAAAUGAUGUGUUAAAUGUUUUCUCGAUAUACAUCUUGACACAAAUAUGUGUUUAAAUGUAGUAAGUAUACGAAAGGAUACACUAUACUAACACAAUGGAAACAGUAAAAUUAUACCCGAGCAAAUUAAGGAAGUUGUAAAGAAGCCUAUAAUAAAUACAAUUCAGGACCAGUACAGGCUUCAGGUUUUGCUAAGACAUAAAAAGUGAACUGAUUUAGAGAAAAUAGAGGAUAUAAAUUUAGUGAGUAUUAUUUGAAAGGAUUAGACAUCCAAAAGAGCACAAACAGCAAAAGAUAUAACACGCGGUAACGAAAUGACAGGAAAAACAGUGAAGCCGACUAUUGAGCGAUGGGCAACCAUGGAUUCAGCCGAUAUAGAGGAACCGGAAUUAGCCAAGCUUAAUUCCGACUAUCCGAGAAAACUUAGAAAGUCGAUUUCCAUGGAUUCCGGAGAAAAUUUCAGCAGCUCUGGAAAUUCUUCGAUCUACUCAGUUAAACGCCGUUAUGUUCGGAGACGCACUAUCAAGCGUUCAGGCAGACUGGAGCUGAAUUUCGGACAUGAUAGCGAAGCGUACGAAAAGAUCCGAGAACGGGUUCUAAAAGAACAUGCAGUAACGAACGCCAUAGAUGCUUUAAAGGAACGCUGGAGAAUGAUAACCUUUAAAUAUAAUGACUGUGUUGAACGGAAUGAGCAGAGAAUAGAACGAAAAUUAAGAACACUUUGUAUACAGCGGCAAUUCGACUUAAUUAUUGUUGUGUUCCUAUUUGUGUUAAUAUGUUUACCAAUAUGUUAUGGUCUUUCUUGUAUUAUAUAGAUAGUAUAUGGAAAUGAGAUAAUUUAUUUCUAUCUGUUUUAUAUUUUGUAUGGAUAUCAAACAAACAUAUUGCGCA